CGACACGCGCGCCACGCCCGGGGGCGCCCCGCGGCCGGCGCGGGGGUCUGAGGGAAGCUCCGACCGCGAGGGGUCCACUGAGGCCCGCGAGGUCGGCCCUGUAUUUUAUUAUUCGCACGUUAUGAAGAACACACGCGCGAAAGGGACAGCGGCUCGGCCAUCGGCCUACAAGGCCUGGGAAGAAGCGGCCAGGCGGGCCCUUCCCCGGCGCAGCGGCUCGGCCUCGACAGACAGCGCCAAGACCCCCGCGCGGGUCCAGCCGCCACGCCGGGCCGGAAAGCCCCCUCCUCCGGCCGGCCCCCUCGCCGGGGCAAGUGCGCAUGCGCGCGCGCCGCUCUAGCCCGCUCGGCGCCGCCGGGCGCGCCUCGUUGGUGACGUCGCACAUCCGGGGCGGUGGCAGCGGCGGCAACAUGGCGGCGCCCAUGGAGGUGGCCGUGUGUACGGACUCGGCGGCGCAGCUGUGGAGCUGCGUGGUGUGGGAGCUGCACUCGGGCGCCAACCUGCUCACGUACCGCGGCGGGCAGGCGGGGCCGCGCGGGCUGGCGCUGCUCAACGGCGAGUACCUGCUGGCGGCGCAGCUGGGCAAGAACUACAUCAGCGCCUGGGAGGUGCAGCGCAAGGACCAGCUCCAGCAGAAGAUCAUGUGUCCCGGGCCCGUCACCUGCCUGGCCACGUCGCCCAACGGCCUCUACGUCCUCGCGGGCAUCGCGGAAAGCAUAUACCUGUGGGAGGUGUGCACCGGGAACCUGCUGGUCAUCCUGAGCCGCCACUACCAGGACGUCUCGUGCCUGAAGUUCACGGGCGACAGCGGCCACUUCCUGUCGGGCGGCAAGGACUGCCUGGUGCUGGCCUGGAGCCUCUGCAGCGUGCUGCAGGUGGACCCCACGAGGAUCCCGGCCCCCCGGCACGUGUGGUCUCGCCACACCCUGCCCAUCACAGACUUGCACUGCGGCUGCGGGGGCCCCCUGGCCCGGGUGGCCACCUCCUCGCUGGACCAGACAGUGAAGCUGUGGGAGCCCCGUCCCCACCCCGCCCGCCCCUGUGCCCCAGCUGUGGGAGCUGUCCUCGGGGGAGCUGCUGCUGUCCGUGCUGUUCGACGUGGGCAUCAUGGCUGUCACCAUGGACUUGGCCGAGCACCACAUCUUCUGCGGAGGCAGCGAUGGCUCCAUCUUCCAGGUGGACCUCUGCACGUGGCCCGGGCAGCGGGAGCAGAGCCUGCAGGCGGAGCAGGACCCCGGGAAGGUCUUCCGAGGGCACAGGAACCAGGUGACCUGCCUCUCGGUGUCCACGGACGGCAGCGUGCUGCUCUCGGGCUCCCACGACGAGAGCGUGCGCGUGUGGGACGUGCAGAGCAAGCAGUGCAUCCGCACGGUGGCCCUCAAAGGCCCCGUGACCAACGCCACCAUCAUGCCGGCGCCGGUCAGCAUGCUCAGCUCCGACUUCCGGCCCAGCCUGCCACUGCCCUACUUCAACAAGCACCUGCUGGGCGCGGAGCACGGGGACGAGCCGCGCCGCGGGGGCCUCACCGUGCGCCUGGGCCUCCACCAGCAGGGCUCCGAGCCCAGCUACCUGGACCGGACGGAGCAGCUGCAGGCGGUCAUGUGCGGCACCAUGGAGAAGAGCGUGCUGGGCGGCCAGGACCGGCUGCGCGUGCGCGUGUCCGCGCUGGAGGACGAGGUGCGGAGCCUGCGCAAGAUCAACCGCGACCUCUUCGACUUCUCCACGCGCAUCAUCACGCGGCCGGGCAAGUGAGGCGGGCAGCGGCCCCCCGGCCCCGGCUCCGCGCGUGCCCGCUGGGGUCCCGUGCCGCGUGCCCACUGGCGCUGCUUUUUGUAACAAAAGAUGUGAAAACUCUGUCGGCCUCUGUCCUGUCCCUGCGUGGGGGGGCGGCCGAGCCCCGGGCGCCUCCUGGCCCGCGUGCCAGAGGCCACGGUGAUCCAGGCGGCCGUGGGGAGGGGUCUUGCUGUCGGGAAAGCCGGUUGGGUCCAGCGGGCCUGGGGGCGCAGUGCCCGGCCCUCGGGGAGAAAGCGGGGCCUCUUGUCGUGCAACCCGUGUCCAGCGGGGUGACCCCUGGAAGCCCCUCCCGAGGGACGGCUGCUGUGUCCCCUCCACAGGCCCCGGAGGGCCCCACCCGUGGGGGCCACAGCUGGUUCUGGGGCCGGCCAUGCCACGCCCGGGGAGGGCUGCGUGCCCCCACUUCCUGGGGAUGCUGCCAGCCAGCGCCUGGAGCCCAGCCCAGCACCCAGAAUCUUCCAGAAGGCUGCCCGCGACUGACAGCCCUGCCCAGUGGGUGAUUUAGCGGGUGCGGU